AUGGAUGGCGCCGUCCAGACAGUUUACCCGAGGAAGAACUGGUCCUCCAUGGUUCUCUACAACUGCGGGCACCCGAAGAACAAGGUGUUGACCCCGGAAGUUGUGAAUAGCCAGACGGGUGCUUACCUCCACAGGUUCCAGUGGCUUGAUGAUGGAGAAAUUGGGGAAGUCCCCUUUGUUUGGAACUUCUUGAUAGAUGUAUAA